AACGUACACAAACAGCGGCGCUGCUACGCGUGAAGUUAGAGGCACUGUGACACGUGGGUGCGAGAAUUUUUUUUAUUGUUGUGUCAUCGCUUAUUUUCUUUUUAAAAAAAAUAUGCCAAAGAGAAAGAAAGCCGCAGCAGCGGAAAACACGGCUUCCGAAUCGGGAGAAGAGCAGGUCGAGAAUCCGACUUCGGACACCAGGCGGACCCGUAGCGGCCGCACAGUCCGUACUCCCGCCGCUCUGCUCGACUCCCAACUACCGGUGAGGACUCCCAGCAGAAGGACCAGGAGGUCGGUCCUCCAGGAGUUGCCGGCGGUGGAAGAAGAAAACACGAAGGUUCCRGAGCGGAAACUCGAGUGUUCAGUCGAGGAGUCCGGCCUGUCAGAACCAGAGACAGCAGAGCCGCCGACGGAGGAGGAGGUUUCUUCAGCAGAGACAGAUCCAACCCAGGGUGGCGGAGACAUCCAGAUACCCAGACCUGUACCGGCUGAAACAGUACCUUCGGGUUCAGAGACCAUCCCGAAAAAGAAGAAGACGACCGCUCCUCAGGAACCCAGUACCAAACAGAUCCCUCUGGGUAAACCCAAAUCAGGAAGAGUAUGGAAGGACAGAAACAAACAGAGGUUCUCAGCCAUGGUUCGAGACAAGCCUCUGUGCUCCUCAUGGGAGAAGAAGAUGCAGGCCAAGCAAGAGAAGCAACUUGUAAAACAGUUUACCACUAGGCUUAAAGAAGAGAAAAACCAAAAGAAAGAGGAAAAGAGGAAAAGAAGAGAGGAAAACCUGAGACGCCGUGCAGAGAAUGAACGCAAAUCUGAGAUUGUUCAAGUGAUCCGUAACACAGCAAAGAUCAAGAGAAUGAAGAAGAAGCAGCUCAGGAAAAUUGAGAAGCGAGACACGCUGGCUCUGCUGCAGAAGACCCAGAAGCAAAACGUGAAAAACAAAAAAACACAAAAACAUGUGCAGCAGGACCUUACUUAAAACCUUUCUGACAAUAAAAUGCUCAGUAUUUAUG